AUGAUGGAGCCCGCCUGCUUAGCGACUUCGCUAAACGAUUUUGGUGGGCCACCACCAAUCUUGGGUCUCUUCUCUUUGGAGACGUCCUCCUCCUGGGAGCGUUGCCUUUUUACUCCCGAGCCCGGUUGCGUAUUACCGCAAAGUCUCAUAUAUCGAUUGGCAGCAAUUCGUCAGUUCCAUCUGGAACAUUUCUUGCCUGUGGUCACUCCCGUAACGUCUCUCUAUAGCUGCUAUCCGACUUUCAUAGUUACAUCGACCGGCUUCUGGAACCACCAGCAGUGCUUCAGCAACGGCACCCUUAAGCGACUUACUCCUCAAGAAUUAAAAGUAUUACGAAAAUCGACUAUCGGGCUUAAUGGCUACGUCAGUAAGCGAAAUUGCCGCAUUUGGGCUGGGGAGCAACCCAAAGCCAUUCAAGAACAACCAUUACAGCCAUUACAUCCAUUGAGAACAACCUUCUUCAGAGAUGAGUCUGGCGCUAAUGUAACAGUGAAUGGCGAACGCUAUCGCGCAAUGAUAAACGACUUUUUGAUGCCGGAAAGUGAAGCCCGUGAUCUCCACAAUAUUUGGUUCCAACAAGGCGGCGUUACUUGCCACGCAGCCCGUGAAACAAUGAAUUUAUUGCGAGGUUGUUUCGGGGUAUGCAAAGUCUAAAUGCGUUGUAGAUAAACCAGCUUUGAUCGAGGCAUUGGAAACCAACAUUACUUCUUCUUCUUCACGAUAUACCGGCCGAAGUCCUCCAGCGAGUCAUUCAAAAUUGGUGUUUACGGAUAGCCGAAUUACGGUGCAAUUGCGGCCAACAUAUGAAAGGAAUUAUCUAUUAUAUAAAAAGUAAAUGUUAUGAAUGGCUCUACACAAAAAUAUUAAA